UUUGUCUCUUUAUUAUUAGUCUCGCUCUCUAACUUUACCUUCUCUUCUUGUUUUUUUCUUGGGUACGCAAUCCUUCUCUUACUAUUCUUCCUCAAGAACCCUAAAUUAGUUAAUUAAUGGCGAUUUUACCAGAGAACUCUUCAAAGUUGGAUCUCACUAUCUCCACUCCCGGCUUCUCUUGCUCUCCUCGAUCCGACGAAGGAAGUGGCGGAGAAAGAGAACAGCUGAAGCUAGACAUGAAUCGAUUGCCAUCGUCUGACGAGGAUGAAGAACUCAGCCACGGUGGCUCUGCUCCUCCGCGCAAGAAACUCCGUCUAACCAAAGAACAGUCUCGCCUUCUUGAAGAUAGUUUCAGACAAAAUCAUACCCUUAAUCCUAAACAAAAGGAAACACUUGCUGAACAUUUGAUGCUACGACCAAGACAAAUUGAAGUUUGGUUUCAAAACCGUAGAGCAAGGAGUAAAUUGAAGCAAACUGAGAUGGAAUGCGAGUAUCUUAAAAGGUGGUUUGGUUCGUUAACGGAGCAAAACAACAUGCUUCAUAUACAAGUAGAAGAGCUUAGAGCUAUGAAGGUGGGCUCAUCCACUAUGACCCCCGCCUCGACCCUCACCAUGUGUCCUCGCUGCGAGCGAGUUACCACCGCAGUGAUCCCCUCUAUGGCUGUGGUGGACGUUCCGGUCAAGAAAAUGAUUCCGCCGCAAGAGCGCGAGCAUUAAUUUACGUAUUUUUAUUAUUAGUAUUGAAUAUGGUUUAGUCAACGAAAGUCAGGUCAACCCAUGCAUAAGCCAUAGCACCAAAAUUAUCACAUGAUUCCGUAUAAGUAUUACGUAGGGAUUCUUGCGCUCACAACGAUGAUUUGUAAAUGUUUUUUUUAAU